GGGAAGCGACGUUCAAAAACCGGUUUCUAGCCAAACAGCUUUCGCUGUCUUCGCUGCCGUAUUGAAGGUGAGAGAGCUGGUUUAAACCCUUGCCACAUGACGGCCUUCAUGUGGAUCGUGACUUUGAAUAUAGCUACACGGAUCGCAUUCUGCAGUUGGUGAGUCCAGCUAACUAAUCGGGGCAGGUUGGCUCUUCAUAGCAGCACAUUACUAUCCCUGUCAUCAACUUCUUCAUCCAUUAAGAACAUCGUACACGUCAGUGUUUUGUCACUCGUGGCGUUAUUCAGUGUCUGAGUGUGCGCACAUCCUGGUUGAAUCCGGCGACAUGAAAUACACCGCAAUGCUAUUACUAGCUAGUGCUGCUUACGGUCAGCAUCACUACGGUCGCUCCUAUAAAGGCGGAGUUCAGACCCUACAGUCCUCUCCGUUACCGCCACACGGUUACGUUUCACCGUCAGCUCUUCGUGAGAGGAGUGAACCCCCGAAACCAUUCGCGUACAAGUAUGAGGGCCCCGACCCUUACGGCGGCUACUCCAGUCACGAAUCGCAAGGGGAUGAGUAUGGUCGCAUUACCGGUCAGUAUACUGUGCAAAAUCCCGAUGGAACUUCCCGACUAGUGAAGUACAUUGCCGACCCCGAAUUGGGCUUCCAUGCCGAAGUAGACACUGAUGAAACGGGAACAAAAACAUCAGAGCCUGCUGGUGCCCUAAUUAGGUCUUCGGCACCCGAAGAAGAUUAUAACCCGCAAGUUAGACAGAUGGGUUACGGUGCACGUGCGCCUGCCCCCUAUACUGCUCCAGUUUAUAAAAGUGCUCCGCACUUAAGGCCACCUGCCUCUGGACGCCCAGGUGCUUACGGGGUCACACCCUCCGUUGGAGGCUCUCUCAAAAACUAUCAUUCUGGCUCGCAAUACAGCGUUUCCGGCGCAUUCAAAGCCCCGGCCCCCUAUAAGGCUUCAGCUACUUACAAUGCUGCCCCUACCUAUGGGGCUUCGGCUACUUACAACACAGCAGGCUCAUAUAGAGCUCCAGCCGCUUAUGGAGCACCAGUCCGGUAUGGUUCCUCUGGAACCUACAGAGGUACAUCCAACUAUGGAACCUACAAAGCUGCAGCAUCUUAUCGGAUCCCAGCUGUACAGGAAGCCCCUAGACCUACUUCAUACUCUCAUCGCCAAUUAGCUGCCCCUAGUAAAAGAUCAUAUUAUUAAUUAUAAAAUCAAUACGGACUGUGCUGUAGAGGCCUUAAAAAGUGAGAUAUUAGACUUGCGAAUAUUCAGGAAGUGAUUAUCAUGCAUAAAAGCUUCACCGAUGUAUCUUUGUUUCAACAAAUACGCUAAAAAUGCAACCAUCGGCUGCUUGUAUUAGUUGAAUAAAUAGGUCGUGAGGGUCCGCUAUAUUAAAGAACCUUGGAUUAACAAAAUAUAUUAUAAAAAUACAUUUUAAAUUAUAAAUAUAAUUAUAAAUAAGAAAUAAAUUAUAUAUAAAA